AAAUGAACACGCAAUCCCUGAGUUUCACUAUUGAAUUCCAUGCUGUGUGGUGCAACGAAACUGUAUUGUUUCCGAUUCUUUAUAUAUUCUCAACGAUUCAACAGGGCUGAUACAUUUGCUAGGCUGUCCUGUCGAAGUAUGGCUGCGAAAAAGGUGAAGACAGAAAUAGUUGCUGAUUCGGAAGAAAAAUUCACACCUUUUUACUCCAAGGCAUCUCCGUUCAGUCAGCAUCAUUUUUGUGAAUUCGAGAUAGACGGCAUGCGUUUCAACUGUGCGGAGCAGUACAUGAUGUACCAGAAAGCAGUUCUGUUUCAAGACAAUGAAAUGGCUAGGAAGAUAAUGGCAUCCAAGGAUCCUGUGGAGCAGAAAAGAUUUGGCAGAAAUGUUAAAAACUUUGAUCAGGCUAAGUGGAAUGAAGUUUGUGAAGAUAUUGUUAGAAAGGCUAACAAAGAAAAGUUUACUCAGAACCAAGAACUGAAGCAAGCGCUGCUGGCCACAAGGGGAACAACUCUUGUAGAAGCUAGUCCAAGAGACAGAAAAUGGGGCGUUGGACUGGGAGUGAACAAUGAAGGUGUACAUAGCAGAAAAAAAUGGCGUGGGAAAAAUCUCCUGGGACAGAUAUUGACAUCUGUCAGAGAUGAAAUUGAAAUGAAAGAAAAAUCAGCCAUAAACUGAGCUCAUAUUGGUUUAUAUGUGAAAACAAAAAACAUUAAUCAAAUGUAUAAUUUCGCAAUCUUUUGAGAUUUGUGCCCUUCUUUUGUGAUAUUUUGCUUUUUGUUGAUCCUAUACCUGCAGAUCAGCUUGAAGCUAUUAACCUGGAGGUUAAAGGAAGCUCUUUUUAAAAUGGAUCCAGAUUGGCAUUAUCUUCAGGUUGUGAAAUCUUGUUUCCAGAAGAGUGUCCUGAAGACAUACUUUUAUGAAUUUUUAUCUGUACAAUGUAAUAUACAGGUACAGAAGUCCUGUAAUUUGUUAUCAUGUAUCAGUUCUUAAGGAACAUAUCCAUAUAUAUAUCGGGUGGGCAUAUAAAAUGGGCCAUAAUUUGACACUCGAUAUCUACGAAACCCUCUUAUGUCAGCUUCUGAAAAUUUACACACUCAAAAGCCAUUAUGUCCCAAGUAUACAGACCAGAUUUCAAUUUCAUCCUUGAAGAUUUCUGUUAAGGGACCAAAAUCAAAAUAAUCAAAAACACCUUCCGGAUAUUUCAAAAUGAUGUUCUAUCUUGUUUUACUUGAAAAGGUGAUCAAUUCCUUGUCCGCCGCAUAGAAAACCAUCUUGAUUCAGCUAAAUUUGUGCCUAUCUGGCAGAAGGGUCUCUCUGACACAAGAGCCAGACAAUUUUUCCAGACGAUACUUGAUUGACGCGAGUCACACAGGUGCAGCGCGCAAUCUACUCAUGACACCUGACAGGUGAUGCAGUGUGGGUCACCGGAACGUGCGUUUUUGAGGCUAUGUUUUCAUUUUAACCCUGUGUACAGACUAUUCAUGCCAUUUGAAUGUCUAAAGUUUGAAAGGGUUUGAACAAAGGAUAAUGGAGCAACGCAGCAUCACAGUACGGCCAUUUUUUUUACGCCCACUCGAUAUAUCCAUAUGCAACAUAUAUUUUCAUUGGUAUAAACAGGAAUUGUUUUUGGGACAUCUAGUCUGCUCCUUUAAGCCAUAUACAUGUAAAAUUGUAGCAGUAGUAUUUACUUUCUGUUUUUCACAUUGUGAGUCCAUCUAAUGAACAACAUACUCAUAUCUGUACUUUUCUAGUCAACUAAGACCUGAAGCUUAACUGAACAUGAAACUGAUAAAUAGCAAAUCUCUAUACACUAACGCUGAUGUCCACAUUUAUAUUGUACACGGCCACAUAGGCAUACAUGUAGGCUAUUCGGAAUGCCGACAAGAACAGGCAGUUGUCUUCACAUACAGGUAUGAAUUCAGAAUACCUUGGGGAAUAGAAUAUUUAUUAUGAAGCGGACAGAGGGAAAGAAUAGUAAAUAUAUAGUACAUUCUAAGAUUAACACAUGAAAAGUACAGUGUAAGCUAUAGCUGUAAUGCCAGUGAUUGGAAAUGCAAAUUCAAUGCCUGAAAACUCAGAAUCUGAAGUCUAGUCAGCGGUGCCAGUGUCAUAAAUCAGAACUUUAACAUUGUUCAUUGUGGGUUCAAAUUGAUACAGCAAUGUAUUUGCUUUCGUGCAAUUAGAAUCCAUGUCAUUUGAACAUUACACUGUUUUAAUAGAAAUUCACAGGUUAUUUAGCCCAGUUAGACUAGGGAUGGCAAUCUAUGACGUCACCUACCGAGUCGCAAUGGGGCAGCCGGCUGGAGAUCAACUAGGCAGUAAAUCUAUUGUUUUGGUGGAUUUAAAGUAAUUAGUACAUCACUCAGAAGCUAUCACGCUAAUCCUUUAGUAAAAAUAAGGUAUUACUAUACGUACAGGAUUACACCUAAUUAGAUUUAAGGAGAGAGGAAACCACAGUGUGCCUUACAACAGGAAUAAUUUUUCAGCUGUUACAGUUAGAGAACCUCCACUUUUCCUACAUUAACUGGUAUCCUUUGAACGGUCUUGUAUGGUGGAGCUGUAAAACUGUUUUAAACACAGACGCUCAAAAUAAAAAGAUAAUUCUGACUGGUUUCCACUCAUGGGCUUAUAAAGUUUGUAGCAGGAGAAUCUUUGAGCAGAAGUUGUUACAGGUAGAUGUAGUCAAUCAUCGAUCUCCUGUGUUGG